UUACAAUAAAGUUUCAAAUGUAAUAAUGUUUAGUCCUUGAAAAUGACUAUCACUCUCUUACACUAAUCUUCUUCUUCACAAUCCCCAAAUCUUCAAACCCUAAUAAUCUGCAGCAACAAUGUUCCGGAAAUUGUGUUCUUCCUUCAUCCAUAGCCGGCAAUCUCUUCUUUCUGCAUCCAAAACCACACUUCAAUCUCACACUACCUUCUUCCAAGGAUAUGUUAGAGGAUUUUCGAGUGCAAGUUGGGGUUUGAGCGGGAGGAAUCAAAGUGAGAAUGUGAAUGCAAAUGCUAGUGCUCGUCCGGAUUUUCUGCGGAAUCGGGAGAACAUUAACUCCAAAAGUGAGAAUAAUGCUGAGAUUGGUGGCAAUUCCAGGAAAAUGGACUUUGUGAGAGGAGCUAUAGAAGAUGAAAAGAGUGUUAUGGGAGGUUAUCUAUACAACCAGUAUCAUUUCCAGCAUGAUGCUGAUUUUGUUCAUAUAAAGAUGCGGCGCAACAAUACCUUUGUUACAGUGACCGAUUCUAAAGGAAAUGUAAAACUUAGUGGCUCUGCUGGUUCCUUGAAAGACAUGAAAUCAGGGCAAAAACUUUCUAGGUAUGCUGCUGAAGCAACUGCAGAAGUGGUUGGAAGAAGAUCUAGAGGUUUAGGUUUGAAAUCUGUUGUCAUGAAAGUGAACGGAUUUACUCAUUUUCGGAGGAAAAGGCAAGCGAUAUUGAGCUGGAGGGAGGGGUUUACGGAUUCUCGAGGAGAUAAAAAUCCAAUUGUGUAUAUUGAAGAUACAACUCGUCGUCCCCAUAAUGGCUGCAGACUGCCAAAGAGUCGACGUAUCUAGUUAUUUUUUGUUUCUCUUGAGCAUAUUUUCUAUAUGACUUUCACUUUGUUUCAUAGCUGUAUGUUUACAGUUUGCACAAUAACCAGAAUUUUUGUAGCAACAUUUACUGAAAGGCUAUCUAUCUCAGUUUGAAAGGAUGUAAACUCCUCAGAUUUCAAUUCCUUCUUCCACUCAAAUUACAAUCCGAAUUUCAAAUGA